AUGUCGGCCAAUUCAGCCCAUCGGGCUCGGCCCACCACCACCGGCCUCCCGCCUGCUAGGCCUCCGAACAUCCCUCACCCCUCGCCCGAUCGCCCCGAGCCCGUCCAGAUCAACAACCCCUCCUCCAUCGGCCACACGCACCCCAACUUCUUCCAUGCCCCACCAGAUUGA